UAAAGAAAAUAUUUUAUUCAUUUCACCGGACACCGGAUUAAGGCAGAGGGAGCCUCAACUCCUUUUACCGCUUAGGGCCCCUAACACCCUAAAUCCAUCGAGCAUCGGCAGUGCGUAGCUCGAUCGAGAGCUUGCAGAAUUGUUCCAGAAGUCGAGAAGAGCGGAAGCAAAAGCCAGUAAGAUAAAGUGAUAAAGUGACGGACGCCACAUAUAUCAACAAUAACCACAGCUCAUUGGAAACAAUGGAGUCAACACUAGAGCUGGAACUGCAGUCGUACAACAUGGCGCAUCCGAAGCGCGGCAUUGCAGUGAUUAUCAAUAAUUACACGAAUCGAAAAGGCUCAGAAAAAGAUGUGAAAUCAUUAAAGGCCGUAUUGAAGCACCUACAGUUUGAUGUGCGUCUCUUAAGCGAUAAAACGACGGUUGAAAUCAGACACGCUCUUAAGGAGGUGUCCAAAGAGAACCACACCAAUAACGAUUGUCUGGUAAUUAUUGCGAUGGCGCACGGAUAUAAUGAUAGGAUCAAAUUCGAAGACGAUUAUUUGCAUAUUGACGAACUGUGGACAAAUUUUGUUGGAAACAAGUGUCCUUCGCUGAUUGGGAAACUGAAACUUGUGUUCAUUCAAUCGUGCCGCGGUGGAAAACUUGACUACGGAGCAUCGAUAGCCACAGUAGAUGCAAGGCCCGGUGUAGAGGAACCGGUUGAUGUCAAAAUACCUAUGUAUGCCGAUCUUUUAGUGAUGUACUCAUCCUACGAAGCUCACAGUUCGAUACGUUGCCCUAAUGAAGGAUCCUGGUUCAUACAAUCGCUUUGCCAAGUGCUGGGUGCCAACAUUGCCAAGACGGAACUUCAGGCUUUGCUGUCUCAUGUGUCCUACCUUGUGUCGAUCCGAUCGAACCAAACUAUCGAUCCGCAAGGUAAAGUGAUAAAACAAAUUCCGAUGGUUACUUCUAUGCUCACGAAAGCAUUUUACUUUGUGCCAAAAUAGCUCAGCAGACUAGCUGGAAUGUACGCUGGCAAAUAAAUUAGAAAUAAAGCAUUAAACAUGUACUAAAAGUGUUGAUUUUCAUUCUAAUGAAAGAAGCAUAAGAUAGACAAUUCGAUGAUUCCAAGAACCGCACACAAUAAGCCAUGGGUGAAGAGGAAAUGAGGGGGGGGAGGGCGGCGUUUGGGGGUUGAAACGAUGGCAUCCGGCUUUGCUGAUCCGUAAAAUUGGUAUCAUUUUUGUUGUUAACGGGGAUGAGAGGAAGUCUAUGAAGUUGCCCCUCACAGAACUACUCUACCCAUUUUAAUGUACAGGUGUCCCCUGAGAUACGACUGUAUUUGGGACCGAAAAAAUGUCGCAAAGCAAGGCGUAAGUCGAAAAAGUCGUAUGUCGAAUAUCUAUGAAUAUAAUGUUUAUAACCGAAGUUGAAGAGUUGGAAUUUAUGAUAUCGUGUAUUUUAUUUAAAAUGA